AUGCCUCCCAAGAAACCUGUUGAAGAGAAGAAAGUCCUGCUAGGCAGACCAGGCAAUAGUCUGAAGAGUGGAAUCGUCGGACUGGCUAAUGUCGGCAAAUCUACUCUCUUCCAAUCCAUCACCAAAUGCUCACUGGGCAACCCUGCAAACUUUCCAUAUGCAACCAUCGACCCAGAAGAGGCUCGAGUCAUCGUACCGGACGCCCGGUAUGAUUGGCUUGUUGACCAUUAUAAGCCCAAGUCACAAGUACCAGCAAACCUGACUAUCUACGACAUUGCCGGUCUGACAAGAGGGUCCUCCACCGGGGCUGGCCUAGGAAAUGCUUUCUUAUCACAUAUCAGAGCCGUGGAUGCCAUUUUCCAAGUGGUUCGGUGCUUUGAUGACGCCGAAAUCAUCCACGUUGAGGGAGAUGUCAACCCAACGCGAGAUCUGGAUAUCAUCUCCGAGGAGCUACAAUUGAAAGAUAUCGAAUUUGUUGAGAAGGCGAGGGAGGCUCUUUCCAAACUCACGAGGAGAGGUGGUCAGAGCCUGGAAAUGAAGAAACUGAAAGAGGAAGAGGCAACCGUCGAAAAGAUCUUGGCAUGGUUGAAAGAUGGCAAAGACGUACGAAAGGGUGACUGGGGCCCGAAGGAGGUCGAAGUCAUCAACCCGUUGCAACUUCUCACAGCCAAGCCUGUCGUUUACAUGAUCAAUCUAUCUGAAAAGGACUACAUUCGACAGAAGAACAAGUAUCUACCCAAAGUCAUGGAAUGGAUAAAGACCAACUCACCCAACGAUCCGAUCCUACCCAUCUCAGUCAGUUUCGAAGAGCGCCUGGCCGCCAUGUCGGACGCAGAAGCCGCCGAGGAAUGCAAGACUCUCAACACCAAGUCGGCGCUCCCUAAGGCCAUUGUUACCAUGCGUCAAGCACUCAACCUGGCUAGUUUCUUCACCACCGGUACUGAUGAAGUGCGACAGUGGACAAUACGUAAGAACACUAAGGCUCCAGCCGCUGCAGGUGUGAUUCAUACCGAUUUCGAGAAGACCUUCAUUCAGUGCAUCGUAUACAACUUCGAGCUGCUGAAAGAAUACGGCGAUGAAAAGUCCGUGCAGGCCGCGGGUAAAGUCAUGACGAAAGGAAAAGAUUAUGUGGUCGAAGACGGUGAUAUUAUUCUCAUUAAGGCCGGUGCUGCCAAGGCAUAG